ACAGGCCACACACCCAGUCCAUUUCGACUUCUUGUCCUUGAACCCAAACGACUUUGUUCCGGAACAUCAUGGUACAGUCCAGGUACUAACAUGCCGACCUGACCCAAACUCUGACCACCAUCAUACCUAACCCCUUAUCAUCUUCUUUAUUACCGUUACACACAGAGCUGUAGCCCAAUGCUCUCGGGCGCAUUCUGACACCCAAACAGUCUGCCCUCAGGUACUUGUGUCUUUACUGUCCAUUUAAACUGCCGUCACUUGUUUGCAAGUGCACAUUGGCAGCUCCUGAAGUCUUCCAUAUCCCCUCCUCACGCUUUGACCUGCCACGAAGCAGACAUCCGCGAAGAUUGAUUGCCAGUAUCGUGUCAGUGCGCCUCCGCGCCUCCUUACCUAGUAAUCCAAUUUGAGCUUGACACGGAUCGAUUCCUACGGCAGCUGCGCCUAGCCUCGUGGCUUUGCGAUUUGGGAUAGAACAGAGGCACCAUGUUGCAGAGAAUCAAGGGUGCCAUCGACCGCACCAUUGCGGAAGAGCAGGCUAGGGCGAGAGCAGCCCUCGAAGGCGGUGCUCCUGGCAGUUCUCACGUACGAAACUCGAGCUCGUUAUCGCGGACCUCGAGUGCUGCCGGAACACAAGCGUCCAGGAGACCUCGGCCUUCAAACAAUCUAAGCCAAGACAUGUCCGCCGAUGGAACCGUCACCACUUCCGACCCUGCCGUCUUCGAGGCCGCCUUCGUGAUCGAUGAUACAGACGAGAGCAACACCCCAACCCGCAUCGGCACACCUGUCUCGACCGACAAGGAAGGAAAGGGCAAGGAUACUGAAAAGCCGGCCAUCAAUACCGAACCCGUCAAAGAAGGGACGGACCCGCUACAGAAUGGAGAUAGGUCAAGCGUCAACAAGUCUCCCGCAGGGCAGACAGCAAGAUCGGGGACAACCACGCCUUCUACCACCGCUGAGCUCUCGCCAGAGAUCCGGGUAAGGUUGAGGAAGUUGGACAAGCUAGAAAAGACAUACCCAGAGCUUCUGCGAUCUUACCGGAUUGCCCACGGCCGUGCGACUUCCAUCGAACCAUUCGAAAAGGCACUGAGAGAAAACACCCCCUUGACUUCGAUUAAGGAUCCCGAAGCAUUGAUCGAGUACCUAAAUCAGCUAAACCUGAAGGGCGACAUGGUUAUGGAUGAGCUCAAGCGCGUAUCCGGCGAGAAAGACAGCUUUAAGAAGAAGGCAGAGGAAGCCGAUAAGGAGGCUGCUGCGUUGAGAGAGGAGAUCGCUGCUCUCAAGGCUGCACAAGCCGAAGCUGCCGCAGCGAAGGACGCCAAGGAUGCAGAGGCUAGUGCCGAGAAGACUCCGGAUGAGAAGACCGACGACAAGCAGGAGGCACCCGAAGUCAAGAGCGACGAGAAUAAGGAAAUCCAGGAGCUACAGACUGCGCUAAAGACCAAAACUGCCGAGGUCGAAAAGUUGCAGAAUGAGGUCAAGACACUGAAGGAAGAGCUGGUGACGGCCAAAGACCAUAGCGCCGGUCUCGCCGAGAGCCUUGAAAGGGCUAGUAGCGAACUCAGUGAAGCUAGAGAUGCUGCGGCAGUCAAGGCUUCGAUUGAGACGCAGCUUGAAGCCCGGAAGGCCGAGAUUGAAUCCUUGACGGAGCGUCUGACAAAGACGCAGUCGCAACUCAAGGAGGUUGAGACCCAACUGCAGAAGGAGAAGGAAGAAGGCUCUGCGGGACUGAAGGAAACGGCUGCCAAGCUUGCUGUUUCAGAGUCUAAGGCCGAGGAGCUUCAGUCUGAACUUACACAGGUUACCGAAGCCAAGUCCACUUUAGACGCCAAGAUCGAAGGCUUGACUUCGGAGAUUGAGACUCUCAAGAAGGCCAAGGCUGAAGACGAGGCCAAGAUUGAUGAGUUGGAGAAGAAGAUCAAGUCCACCCCUACGCUCACUACUGCCCCUGCUGCCGCCGUUACUACAGCACCACCCACGCCGUCUACCCCUACGCAACCCGCAUCCUUAAACAAGAAGAAGAACAACAAAAAGAAGAAGAAGGGUGGGGCUUCGGUGACGCCAGCAGCCACUGCUCCAGAGCCUACCGCCACCGAGGAUCAGCCACCCAUGUCACCCGCUGAAGGUCCUGCGACGGCAGAGCUCACGGCAGAGCUCCAGGCCGAGCAGGCCCGCUUGAAGGAAGAGCUUGCCCGCUUGCAAGAAGAGCUCGCUGACAAGGAUCAGCGUAUCGAGCGUCUUGCCAAGCAACGCAAGACUGAAGAGGACCUCCGUGAGGAGAUUGAGAACUUGCAAGACAGUCUCAAGGAGAUCGGUUUCGAGCAUGUCGAAACCAAGCAACGUCUGAAGGAGCUGGAGCAGGAGAAGAAGGAGCUGAAGGCCCGGAUUGAUGAACUUGAAAAGGAAGUGGAGGCAGCCGCUUCAACCGCUCAAACCAAUAUCAAGCUUCAGUCAGAGCACGAAUCGCUCCGUCAAGAAUUUGACGACCUCAAGCAGAAGUCGCAGACUCUCCAGUCUGACCUUGCCGCCGCCCAGCAGCUCGCCCAAAGCAGGUACAAGGAUCUCACUGACCUGCGCGAGGUUCUGCAAAAGGCUCAACCUGAGCUGAAGUCGCUUCGGCAGGAGGCUGCCGCGCUCAAGACGGUGCGCGAGGAACUUGCGGCGCGGAACGCGGACCUUCGUAAUCUCGAGAAGCGCGAGAAAGACUUGAAGGCUGAUCUUGUCUGUGCCCAGCGUCUCGCCGCUGACCGUGAUGGUGAGAUCAAGGCUCUCCACGACAAGGUUGGCCAGGAGACAAACGCGCGUCUCAAGCUCGAGGAUGAGAAGCGGGUUCUUGGUCGGGACCUUCGCAGAUCUGAGGCAGAGAAGAUUGAGAUUGCCGCACGUGAAGAGAAGACCGCCCGAGAACUGCAGCGCGUGCAAGAGGAAGCUAACAAGCUUCGCCCGCGCAUCCGCGAGCUGGAGGAAGAGGUCAAUCGUCUUAGGAAGGAAGGUGACAUGAUGCGGGAGGAAGUUCAACUCAAGAGCAGCCAAUACACUAGCGCCCAGAACCUGCUCGGCAGCAUGCGCGACCAGACAGCCGAGCUGAGCAUCCAGUUGAAGGAGGCACAGGAUCAAUGCGAGAGCUUAGAUGAGGAACUGGCCGAGACGAGGAAGAUGCUCAGCGAGCGCACUCGCGAGGCCGAAACGAUGCGUCGUCUUCUUCAGGACGUGGAUGAGCGUGCGGACAGCAAGGUCCGUGACAUGCGCGCCAAGAUGGAGGCAGCGGUGGAAGAGAGAGAUCGUAUUGAGGAGGAGACCAGCGCGCUGGCUCGCCGCAAGUCUCGAGAGACGGAGGAGCUCAAGCAAAAGGUACGUGAUCUUGAGAGAGAGGUCAAGAGCUUAGCAAGCGAGAAGGACGAACUCGAACAUAGGGAGAAGGAGUGGAAGAAGCGCAGGGAUGAGCUGGAGAGCGUCGAAGAGAGAUCCAAUGCUGAAGUCGAGGAGAUGCGGCAAACGGUGUCGAACCUUAGGAGUACCCUCGACGCUAGCGAACUCCUUGUCCGGGAAACGGAGAAGAAAAACGCUGAGCUCAGAAGAUCCGUGGAUGAUUACCGGCUCAGAUACGACAAGGUGCAGAAGGAACUCAAGACGGUACAGACCAAGCUGGCAAGCAUGACCAGUUUGGCAGGUAGUGGAAGCAGGGGCUCCGUGGACUCGGCGAGGUCAAACUCGAUCGUGUCUGCGAACGCCACGCCCGAUGCCAUGUACCUGAAGACCAUCUUGCUGCAGUUUCUGGAGCAGAAGGAUAACAGGUUACGGGCACAGCUGGUGCCAGUAUUGGGCAAGUUGUUGAAUUUUGACAAGACGGACGAGCAAAAGUGGCUUACCGCGGUCCAGCAUAUCACCAUCAAAUAGUCGAUGGUAUGGGCAUUCAAUAGUAAUCAGUAGUGUCCCUGGAUAAUAUAAGAAGCGAUAAUCGUUCCCCUCAAAGAACUGGAUCACUCAAAGC